AUGUCUGAUCAAAACGUUCGUCCAAACAAAUAUGGGGAACUGCGAAACAAGUAUAAAUACUACAUCGAUUUGUAUAAUGCAUUGUAUCAGCUUAAAACUGAAAAGGAAGAAGAACUCAAAAAAAUUUACAAAAAGAUCCAAACAGAAUUGAUCGACUCAAAGAGAUUCCUACCCCAACGCAUUGUUGAAGAUAUUUUAAAUAUCAUUCCGUGUAAUAAUCGCUAUACAAAGUCAUAUUUAUCUCUUGCUAAAUUCAUAUGUGAUGACUAUCAUGUCAAAGAGAUCAAUAGGAUUAAUCCUAUUUCAAACUUCUUUUUUUACAAAGAAUAUGGAAUUAAAUUAGACAAGUCAUGUGAUUUCGAAAAAAUUAACACAGAAGAGUUGGAUAUUCUUACAACAGAUACAAUUUACAGGGCAAUUAUGAAUAAUGACUUAAAAAGACUUAUUUCAUUCACCGAAAGAGAAGGUUUUGAUAAAGAUAAAGAACUUUACAACAAAUUAUAUCAAUGUCCUACAUAUAAUUUAUCAUAUCUUGACUUAUGUUGUUACUAUGGAGCAAUUGACUGCUUCAAGUUCUUAAGAACUAAAUUCAACUCAGAAAUAACUCGUGUAAGUCUUGAAUUUUCAUUUUUAGGCGGAAAUCCAGAUAUCAUGAGUGAAUGUUUGAAAUAUCAAAAACCAGAUAUGUGGUGCAUGAUAUAUGCAAUUAUUUCACAUAACAUUGAUUUUGUUACAUUCUUGAUGAAUGAGUACAAUUUAGAUGUGAAGAUAAACAAUUGUCCAAAAUUUAAAAAUCUUGAAUCAUUAUUUGUCUAUUUCGAUAAAACUAAUGAUAUUAACAAUUGUUUUGCUUAUUCAGCGAUGUUUAAUAUUCCAUCCCUUUGUGAAUAUUUCCUUUCACUUGGUGCUGAUAUCCAUGCAAUAAACGAUGAUGGACAAACAGCUCUUUUUGGUGCAGCUUCUAAUAAUAGUUAUGAAACAGCCAAAUUUCUUCUUUCACAGGGUGCAGAUACCAAUGAAAAAAAUCGAAUUGAAAUGACUGCUCUUCAUAUUUCAGCAAAAAACAACUAUAAAGAAUUAGUCAAACUUCUUAUUUCACAUGGUGCAAAUGUCGAUGAAAAAACUCCUGAUGGAAGAACCCCUCUUCAUCUUGCUAUAAAAAAUAAUUGUACCGAAACAAUUGAACUUCUUCUUUCACUUGGCGCAAAUAUCAACGAAAAAAAUAUAUGUGGGACAACCGUUAUUCAUACUGCAGCAUAUCAGUGUAGAAAAGAAAUAGCCGAAGUUCUUAUUUCACAUGGUGCAAAUAUCAAUGAAAAAGGUGAUAAUGGAAAACCUGUUCUUCAUGAAGCAGCAUAUAAUAAUAGUACAGAAACAGCCGAACUUCUUAUUUCACAUGGUAUAGAUAUCAAUGAAAAAGAUAAUGAUGGACAAACCGCUCUUCAUAUUGCUACAGAUAUAGAUAAUUAA